AUGGGUUGGAUGGAAAAGGCUCCUAUAGCUAGAGUCAUCGUUGGAUUAGCAAGUGUUUACUUACAUAUUGUGGCAGGUGCUGAUAUAGAUGUCGGCCCUUCCUCAGCUGUCAGUGCCUCACUGGGGAAAUCAGUUUCCAUGUGGUGUAAAGUGAAUACAGUCACUUCUGGGCUUUCUACAGAGUGGACCAGAGGGCCUAUUGCUACCCCUACCUUACUGACACAAGAUUGUGUUAGUGUUGAUUCAACCAAGUACAGUGUUAACCCAUGUGAUCAGACCAACCACAACUAUACACUUGUUAUAUCCAAUGUGCAGUUCUCAGAUGCUGGGAGAUAUGCAUGUGGUCACAGUAGCAUGGGUAGUGACAGGGUCACUGUGACAGUGAUUGCUGCUCCACAGGGAACUCGUCUCCUCAAUUCCACAGCAGAUACCAAGGUGACAGCUCAGCAGGACACCACAUUUCUGUGUGAGACCAAGGCAUAUCCAGCAGCAACUGUUACCUGGGAGGUAGAUGGCACUGCAGUGACAUCUGGUGUCACACACAGUAAUUCACCAAGGGACGUCACCACACAGCUUAUUACAACUACAAGUACCCUGAAGCACAUGUUCCAAAAGACCCAGGGUUCAAAGACUGUCACCUGUAAGGCCAGUAAUAGUGCUUUUGGGUCAACUCCUGCAGUAGUCUCUGUGAAUGUGGACAUAAUUUGGCCAGUUGAGUCAGUGUCCCUAAACUGCACCAAUUCCACACUUCACCUAGAGGGCGCUAUUGUAUACUGUCAGUGUCAGACAGUUGGUGGAAAUCCAGCAGGAAUGGUAAAAUGGACAGAUGUCACAGCCAGACCUUCUCCAUAUACACUUCCUAUAGAUGCUACCAGAGGCAAUAAAAUAUUUAGAUGUGAGGGCUUCAAUGAUGUUAACACAAAUAGACCUUCUGCAGCUAUUCAACUGAAUGUGGCUUAUCCUCCCAGUAACGUGGGUAUAACAUCAAACCCUGUGUCACCCCUACUGGCUGACAGUACACCCACUUUAACUUGUGAGGCCAGUGAUAAGGGGAAUCCUGCACCAAACUACCCUGCUCCACAGGGAACUCGUCUCCUCAAUUCCACAGCAGAUACCAAGGUGACAGCUCAGCAGGACACCACAUUUCUGUGUGAGACCAAGGCAUAUCCAGCAGCAACUGUUACCUGGGAGGUAGAUGGCACUGCAGUGACAUCUGGUGUCACACACAGUAAUUCACCAAGGGACGUCACCACACAGCUUAUUACAACUACAAGUACCCUGAAGCACAUGUUCCAAAAGACCCAGGGUUCAAAGACUGUCACCUGUAAGGCCAGUAAUAGUGCUUUUGGGUCAACUCCUGCAGUAGUCUCUGUGAAUGUGGACAUAAUUUGGCCAGUUGAGUCAGUGUCCCUAAACUGCACCAAUUCCACACUUCACCUAGAGGGCGCUAUUGUAUACUGUCAGUGUCAGACAGUUGGUGGAAAUCCAGCAGGAAUGGUAAAAUGGACAGAUGUCACAGCCAGACCUUCUCCAUAUACACUUCCUAUAGAUGCUACCAGAGGCAAUAAAAUAUUUAGAUGUGAGGGCUUCAAUGAUAUUAACACAAAUAGACCUUCUGCAGCUAUUCAACUGAAUGUGGCUUAUCCUCCCAGUAACGUGGGUAUAACAUCAAACCCUGUGUCACCCCUACUGGCUGACAGUACACCCACUUUAACUUGUGAGGCCAGUGAUAAGGGGAAUCCUGCACCAAACUACCGCUGGUGGAAUUCAAGUAACAACGAUAUCACAGACACAGAAUCUGCUGGCAAAUCAGUCAUUACUGUAGGGCCUCUAACAGACAGAGAUAAUAGACAGAUAUAUCACUGUGAAGCCUCUAAUUAUUACACUAUAAACAAACCUUCCACGAGUCCGAAUGCUACAUACACACUGAAUGUAGAAUUUAACCCGAUUAUAUCAACCCAAGCAUCUCCAAGUAGUACAGUUAAAGAAGGAGAUGAUGUGACCUUGACCUGUGAUGUAACCAAGUCCAACCCAACAGUUACAAGCUAUGUUUGGAGUAGAACUCGAGACAGAAACAAUGGCGUCCAUAACCAGUCCUCAUAUACCAUUAAUCAGAUACAGGUGGCGCAGAAUGGGACAUACACGUGUUAUGCCACAGCACAGUCCAGUCGUCAUGGCAACCUGGUCGGAGAGAGCAGUGUGACUUUGAUAGUUAAAUACCUGCGUGUCUCAGUAGAAAGUAUCCCAGCCACACUAGAGAACAGCAGUGUCAGCAUUCACUGUAAACCAGAGGGAAUUCCUGCUUCAUUUGUUUAUAGCAACUGGCAAUUUCUGUCACUUAUUGGACGACAACCUGUAGAUCUACAGAGAAACCAAAACCCUCUGGUACUGAACAAUGUACAGUACACAGACGCUGGGACGUAUAUAUGCACUGCUAGUAACUCCCAGUUCACGAAGACUUCUAAUGGAACUUUAGCUGUCAAAUAUGCAGCAAAGAAGGACCCAUCAUCUGACCGAGUCACAAACCUGGAAGUUUCAGCAGACAUUGGAGAGUCUGCCACCUUGACCUUGUAUGUCAUUGCUUACCCAAAACCCACAUCUUACUCCUGGAGAAAAAUAAAUGGCAGUUUACCUUCUGCAUACAACCAGACAGAUCUGGAGUAUAAAUCAACACUGAGAGUUGACAGGUUGAGAGACAGUGAUUACGGCACCUAUGUAUGUAGUGUGGACAACAGUAUUGGACAGUCUGUGUUUUUAUUCAAACUGGAAAGAAAAGGAAAGCCUGAUGCUCCUUCCAAUCUUGAAAUGUUCAACGUGUCAGCCAUCUCUAUCACUGUCCAGUGGACUUCAAACAAAGAUGGGGGAUAUCCACAGACAUUUCUGGUUGAGUAUAAAACAGACGAUGGACCAUGGAUAUCUACGUCAGCAGUUUCAGAUGCAGGUUAUAAACAACCUGUGUUGAAAAAAGUGCCCAAUCUACAACCAAAUACUAACUACAUGUUCAGAGUGGAAUCAAGGAAUGGCUAUCAAGAUGGGAGUGGAAAACAGUUUGCUAGUGGAGGAUAUUCAGACACAGUCACCGUGAAAACAAAGGGUAAGAGCUGA